GGGUCGGAAAGAGGCAGGUACGGAAGCUAAUCUACAAAGUUGCAGGCGUUUGACAGAAAAACGUGAGUGUGCUAUUUAAGACUUGCAUUUCCGUUAAGGUUUGUCUACAGAUUUUGACCAUCUGAAGUUGACCCCUGACUCAAGCAUUCUCUGCUGCUCCUCCACGCUUUGAAGAAAUGUCUGUCACUUACGAUGAUUCUGUUGGAGUAGAAGUGUCCAGCGAUAGCUUCUGGGAGGUCGGGAACUACAAGCGGACCGUGAAGCGGAUUGAUGAUGGCCACCGCCUGUGCACUGACCUCAUGAACUGCCUGCAUGAGCGGGCACGCAUCGAGAAGGCUUAUGCUCAGCAGCUCACUGAAUGGGCCCGGCGCUGGAGGCAGCUCGUGGAGAAGGGGCCACAGUAUGGGACGGUAGAGAAGUCCUGGAUAGCUGUCAUGUCCGAGGCAGAGAGGGUGAGCGAGCUGCACCUCGAGGUGAAGGCCUCACUGAUGAACGAGGACUUUGAGAAGAUCAAGAGUUGGCAGAAGGAAGCCUUUCACAAACAGAUGAUGGGAGGCUUUAAGGAGACCAAGGAGGCUGAGGAUGGCUUUCGGAAAGCACAGAAGCCUUGGGCCAAGAAACUGAAAGAGGUAGAAGCAGCAAAGAAAGCCUACCACGCAGCAUGCAAAGAGGAGAAACUGGCCAUCUCACGAGAAGCCAAUAGCAAAGCGGACCCAUCUCUUAAUCCCGAGCAGCUCAAGAAAUUGCAAGACAAAGUAGAAAAAUGCAAGCAAGAUGUUCUUAAGACCAAAGAGAAGUAUGAGAAGGCCCUGAAGGAGCUCGACCAGGGCACGCCCCAAUACAUGGAGAACAUGGAGCAGGUGUUUGAGCAGUGCCAGCAGUUUGAGGAGAAGCGGCUGCGCUUCUUCCGAGAGGUUCUGCUGGAGGUUCAGAAGCACCUAGACCUGUCCAACGUGGCCAGCUACAAAACCAUUUACCGUGACCUGGAGCAGAGCAUCAAGGCAGCCGACGCGGUAGAGGACCUGAGGUGGUUCAGAGCCAAUCAUGGGCCCGGCAUGGCCAUGAACUGGCCACAGUUUGAGGAUGAAGAGUGGUCUGCAGACCUGAAUCGAACUCUCAGCCGGAGAGAGAAGAAGAAGGCCAGUGAUGGUGUCACCCUGACAGGUAUCAACCAGACCGGCGACCAGUCUCUGCAGAACAAACCUAGCAGCACCCUUAGUGUCCCGAGCAACCCUGCCCAGUCUGCGCAGUCACAGUCCAGCUACAACCCCUUCGAGGACGAGGACGACACAGGCAGCACCGUCAGUGAGAAGGAGGACACUAAGGCCAAAAAUGUGAGCAGCUACGAGAAGACCCAGAGCUACCCCACUGACUGGUCAGAUGAUGAGUCUAACAACCCGUUCUCCUCCACGGAUGCCAACGGAGACUCCAAUCCCUUCGACGAGGAUACUACCUCGGGGACGGAAGUACGAGUUCGGGCCCUUUAUGACUACGAGGGGCAGGAGCAUGAUGAGCUGAGCUUCAAGGCUGGGGAUGAGCUGACCAAGAUGGAGGAUGAGGAUGAGCAGGGCUGGUGCAAGGGACGCUUGGACAACGGGCAGGUUGGCCUGUACCCAGCAAACUAUGUUGAGGCGAUCCAGUGACGGGCCUGAGGGCAGGCCCAGGAGCUCCAGGGACUCCAGCCGGCUGUGUAGGCAUCUACUCCUUUUCCUGCGAAAGAUGAUGGUCCCGUUGCUCUUGGCUUCAUGGUAUCCCUGGAAGGCGACAAGCUGGUCACCUCACCUGGGACUUGGCACUUUUCUGAGGUCAGCUGGAGGGAUCUGAGUGCAGGAAGAUGCUGAACAACAGAACAGCCGGCCCCUGCCUGCCGUUCGCUAUGCUUGGGCUUAUGAUGGACCUGUCUGUCCUUGACCUUGUCUCUCUUCUCCUCCAGUCAAUUGUGGGCUCCACUGAUUCUCAUUCCACUGAUUAUUUUCUCUGAUGAGUCUCAUCACCUGUAACUUAAAUGAACAAACUUCCAUGCCAUUUUCUGAGUGAAGAUCCUGAGGUUUUUAAUUUAAAGGCUAUGUACAGUUAUACUUUUUUAUACACCUGUUCUUCCAUUCAUUUAUACUUAAAUUAUGGCACAGAUUGAUAUACACCAAUCUUGAGGAAUGAUCUCUCUAUUUCAUGUCUUACUGUUACUCAGCCAUGCCACUAUGUGGGGUGAGCCACAAGGUGACGCCCAUGUGACCAAUGGUGUUUGAGGCAAGAGAUCGUAGUAGAAAGAUAGAUUGGAUUUCUGUUAUGAAUGCCCAUUAUGCACUUGGGGCAUCAGAGUGCAGGUCUCAGAUAUACCCCUAAGUAGUACUCCCAGAAUUGCCAUAUUUAAAAUUAUUUUCUCUCUAUUCUUGCUUAAAACUUUAUUUUUUGCAAAUUAACAAUUGUAUCAGUGAUUUGGGAGUUUAAGAAGUAAGAAGACUAACUUUUCAAGCAGAUGCAUCUGUAGAUUGAGAUGCUUUCUAUUAGACUGUCAUGUCUGGGUGUAUAUCUGUAUAUAGUAUUUGAUAUUCAGAGAAUCUAAAGCGCUCGUCUACUGUUUUCAUGUGAUUUAACGGCUUUUGACAGUGGAUUUCAUUUGUAAACUGCUUAAAGUCUGCAGCAUUUGGGCAGGGCCAACAAGGCCUCCUCCUGGGCUCAGACGUGGGCUCCAGGCCUCUCUGACGUGGAGCCUGCUGGAGGGAGGCUUGCCCUCACCAGCCAGCUGCAAGUUCAGCUUCUGCCUGGCCCUCGUCCUGGCUCCGUAGCAGAACACUGUAAAACCCCCUUGUCUUCGCAGGGUUGCAGAUCUCAGCCAUGUGCAUUCCUCGUGAGCAAGCAGGAGCGGGGUCUUGCCCACAGCAUGGUCUCUGCACUUCCUUGGUCACUGGGGAGCAGGAGUGCUGCAGCCAGGCACCCCUGUGGUGCGACGGGGCAGGCAAGGGUAGGAGAGAAGCUUUGUCUUAUGUAACAGUCCGCGGUGCGUGCCCACCACCAUCUCAAGCUAUGCAUUUACUCCGCGUGAGCUCCAUGUCUUGCUUGGAAAGUGAAUGUAUGUCGUGUCUGUUACAAAAACUAACCAGCAGAAAUCCUCAUUCCUAUGCUACAGAUUUACCAAAAAUUGUCAAGUCUUUUAAGUUUAAGAGUUCCUUUAAAUGUAUAGUAUUUUAGGAAAAAAUCAAUAAACACUUGAUCUUGUGCAAAUGAAAA